UGGCUGCGGGCCAGCUGAAAGCAGUGGAGAGACUUAGGGAGGCAUUGCUGAACGACAUCAAGGACAAGGCAGAGAAAUAGAACCGAUGUAAAAUAGACGAGGCUUUUUCUGCUAGAAUCCCGUGGAGAGAAGCAACAGUUCAGGCGGGGAUUGAUCGGUCCAUCAAAAGAUAUGGCUGUGAGGCAAAGGUUCUUCAACUCCACAGCCCCAUUCUCCGAUUCCCCCAAAGAGCUGAAGGGGACAUGUCCAUCUUACUCCAGUGUGGAGCAGGAGACGGAGGAUGAGGAAGAGGAGGGGAAGGACUACACCAAGGUUUACAUGGAUGUAGCCGAAUGGGCAGCAAACCCUUUUUUGAAUAAACUGCUGACAUAUGGGACUGCAGAGCAAGUGGGAGAAAAGCCAAUCCAGACUUCUACCAUCAUUGCCCAGGCUGAAUGUGAAACCCAGGACUCUCAGGAGUUUAGCCCCUCAUGUUACGAGCGCUCUUUUGUGCCCUUACCGAACUGCUUCACCAGCAGUCUGUCCUCUGAGCGCAAUAAUGUCGCGUACCCCACAACGGCCUCCUACCAGGAGCAGAGCAGCUUUUCACCAAACUUCUCCCCGAGAAAGAAGAACCGCAGGAAACAAAAGCGAAAAGGGGCAAAGAAGAAGAAGGAGAGGAGGACAGAUAACCAGCGGCAACGGCAGCGAACGCCGUCAGGAGUCCCUGAACAAGAGAGCGGAAGUUCUCACACUCAGAUCUUGGAGUCCUUGUCUCAUGGAGAGAGCAGCAGCUCCUGCUGCAGCACCGCUGACAGUCUGGAGAAGCAGGAGCGAAGGGCCUCUCUUUUCCCUCCGCUGAUCUGCGACACGGGCUCCAGCUGCUCGCCUUUAAACUGGCCAAAGUCUUUCUUCUUCCCGCCCUUCUCCCGGCUUCCGUCAUACGAGGAGGACAGCAGCUCGGACUCCCUCAGCAGCCUGGGAGACUGUUCCCUGGCCCUCGCUGGACUCAGGGGCAGCGUCAGCCAGGGCGACCCAUGCUUCACCGGGCCUUUUUUCAAAGAGGUGGAGAGGGAAUAUAGAGAGGACGAAGACGAGCCGUCGGAGUCUUCCGGCAUAAGCAACGAGGGAAUAAUAUUUUAUAACAAUAAAAUUCAACCUGUAGAUUCUGAAUACAAGGAAGGAAGCGAGUACACUCUAACGAAUUUCAUCAAAGAGGGCUCCUACGGAGAAGUCCGCUGUGCUCAAGAUGCCAAAACAGGAUUCAAAUUUGCUGUGAAAAAGAUUGCCCUGAAGAUGUUUGUCAGCGAGGAGGUGGGUGCGUGGAGUGCCCUCAAGUCUCCUCGUGUGGUGGAACUCUUCGGAGUGAUCAAAGACGGACCCAACGUCGUUCUUUUAAUGGACCUCAAAAGUGGUUGCCUGGGCGACCUGAUAAAGAAGCGCGGCCGACUGCCGGAGGACCUGAGCCUGCAUUACCACUCACAAGUGCUAACAGCACUGGAGUACUUGGUCAAGAAAAGGGUAGCACAUUUAGAUAUUAAAGCCGACAACGUGUUGUUGUCAGAAGAUGGUAGAGACUCCUUCUUGUGUGACUUUGGACAUGCAGAGCGAGUCGACCUCCAUGGUCACAGCCUUUUUGGGUCCAGAGACCUGAAGGGCACAGAAAGCCACAUGGCACCGGAGAUUGUGAAAGGAGAACCUCGCGGAACCAAAGCAGAUGUGUGGAGCAGCUGCUGUAUGUUACUGCACAUGCUCAACGGCUGUCAGCCAUGGACGAGAUACUACACCUGUAGGCUCUACCUCAAGAUUGCAAAUGAGCCCCCGCCUCUGAGAGAGAUCCCCGGCGACUGCAGUCGUCUCACAGCUGAAGUUUUAAAAGCGGGCCUCCAGAAGGAUCCGGUCAAGAGGUCGUCUGCCUGCGACCUCAGAGUUAAAACCGACAGUGCUCUAAAACAAGUAGGAGGACUCACCAGUGAAGUGGAAGGGCCCUACACUAAACCUCUGCACAUUCUGGACAAACUGCCCGACUCCCAGCAGCUGCACAGCAACUCUGAGGACACAGAGACGCACUCUGCAGGUCUGAGGACAAAGAAACCCGACGAGGAGGAAGACGUGGAGUCCAACGCUCCACAGAUGCUCAUCUCUGAGCCAAACUAUAAGAACUACCACCAGAAAGUCACAGUGCCUGAACUGGAGCUUCGUAAACUGGAGCGAGACUUGUACCUGAGCAGCCUUUCACAGCUUCACUCAGCAGAGAUGCAGGAGCAGCUGCUGUCUUGUCUCAACAGCGAUCAUUGUUUCAACCGGGAUCCGUGGGAUAAAAAGGACUCUGGCCGCUGGUCUUUGAGCCCAGGAGACGAUCCCAGCUCCGGCUUCUUCUCCUCCAACAGCCUCCCGGAAGUCCAGCCCUUCAGCAUCGGUUUGCUGGGUUAUUCCGAGUUCCCGCCGCCCAGUUGUUUUGAAGGAGUGGACGUCUGCAUCCGAGACUUCAACAGCAAAACCAUUCGGAUCAGAGAGAAGCGGCGGGUGAAGGUUGGCCACAUCGCCACUGGGAUCAGUGAUCAGAUUUCUGAGCGCGUGUUCACUCUGGAGACCGCCCAGGGCCGGCAGAUCCCUCACAACGAGGAGGUGCAAGAAUCCGGCCUGGAGCUCCGCUGUGUUCCCGCUCCGGACUUCAGUCACGUUUGGACUUGGAGAAUCAGAGACGGAGUUCUGGAGACACGUCAAGUCUGAAGAACAAACCAUCAUUUCGUCUUUUAUCGGUCACCGUUUCAUGUUUUAAAGUUUAUUUUUCAAGGUUUCAGGGCUGAAAUUAAAUAUGUUCUGGAGUUAAUGUUUCCUUUUGUAUUUUUGCUUUUUUAAAUACAUGUCAAACUUAAGACAAUAAACAUAUAAAAAAGAG